AAACGGCUCAUGAGCGAACGCCGGCCAACGGGUUGUUGGAUGGUCGCACAUCGCGUAUAAAACUAAUGAGUGCCCUUAAAGCCCGUUUAGUUGGUAAAGAAACGCGCAACGGGCAACAACCGAAACACAAACGAGUGAUCACACGACAAAAACAAAACCAUACAAGCUUGCGUUCAUUGAAAAUGCAUACUCUCGAAAUAUAAUCGUACCGUUACUAGGUCGUCUAGUGAACGAACAUUGCGUGUCGUGUCAAGCGCAUAGCCGCCGAAGUGACAAGUGUUCGAAACUGACUGUUAGUUGAAAAAGAAACAAUUUAAACAUAACAGCAAAACCAACAAAAUGUCCUCGUGCUAUAGUGGUUAUGACGAUGGCUCAUUCGAGUUUGAGGAUUCGUCCGACGACAGCGGCUACGAGAAAAGUUUCGAAACCGAUCGCCAAGUUAAGCCGCGAAAGCUCAUCUUCGAUGCUAAUGCCGAUUUCUAUGCGGCCGCCGAGUCACCUAUGUCAUCUGGCUGCUACAACAACAGCGGCAUACUCUUGGAGCGCUCCUCCUUUCCUGCACUGCUCGAUGCCAGCAGCAACCAUAGUACUCGCAGUGGACGCACACUCGUAGAACAUGUGAUCAGCAAAGCGCCGCUGACAGAAUCUGAGUUCGCGCCUACGCUAACAUCGACACCGACAAAGAAUGCCGCCGGCGCCGUAAAUUGUGAUCAACCGACUGAACCGCGUCCCAAGCGCAAAUAUGCCGUCGGCAAGAAUCGCGUAACGCGUUCGCGCAGCCCCACCCAGGUGGUGCGCAUCAAAAAGUUUCGCCGCAUGAAGGCAAACGAUCGCGAACGCAAUCGCAUGCACACGCUGAAUGACGCACUGGAGCGGCUCCGUGUCACGCUACCCUCACUGCCGGAGGAGACGAAGCUGACGAAGAUCGAGAUUUUACGUUUCGCGCAUAACUACAUAUUUGCGCUCGAGCAGGUGCUGGAGAGUGGUGGCACAAUCAACCUCGACCUCGAGAAGCUUCAAAAUUUCACACUAAGUGGAGAACGUAUCACUAAAGAGCUAUUCGAUGCGAUUUUCGUUAAUCCACAACCCUACACGAGCAUAUACAGCAUGGGUUGUGGGCUGGGCGGCGGACGGGUGCCAUACGGACAUCAGGAACCAAUGUCUGCAGCGCAUCCCUACUUGGAACAACAGCACCUGCUGCAACGCGGUCGUCCCCCACAGGGCUAUGCGUAUGGUAGUGAUAUGCGCCCCUACAAUGUGCAACACGAAACACAUAAACCCUUAGUCGACCGUUUGACGACGCAUCCCCAUUUUUCUCAGGAGAAGUACGAGCUGUAUAAAAGUACCUUCGAAGCAGCAGCCAACAUACAACCCACAUCAAGUGCCAUGUACACGGGUGGUAUCUGCAUGCAAGAAGAGCGGAACGUACCGGACCUCACAUCAGCUGGAUUCACGACGCAGUCUGCAUAUAACCACCAAUUACCGACGAACGACAACUGCUAUCGCGAGGAGGAUCCGACGACAAUCAUUGCGCCAUCACCACCCAUGGCGAGGCAAGGAGGUAAGCACGCGCAGCCGUCAAUGUUGCACCAGACUAGCAGUUUCUUCACUCAGACGCCACCUUGGAUCGAUUACAACGAGCAGAUGUUGAACACCAGCCACGGUAGCUUCGAACAGUAUUCGCACGUAUAGCAACGGGCGCUCUUAGGUAUUUUAGUGUAUAUAGUAAGGGGUUAUUGGGGGAAAGCCAGGGAUCAGUUUAGAGUAUUUAUUUUCCAUUUAGUUAUCAUACAAUUGUUAGGUACACAGAAAAUAAUAUUUAGUUUAGUCUUUGAGCUCUAUGGAUGAGGAUCGGCGUCAAUAGCUUCACAGUCAUUCAUAGAACUCAAAGCGUCCAUUAACUAAUUUACAUAUUCAUUUAAAAAUGUUAAUUCUUAACGAGAACUCAUCCACAAAUCUUGAAGUUAUUCGCACAUUUCGCUGAUUCUCGUGAUAAGAACUGCUGACGAAGACUCCAAAAUGAUGGUGGAUGACGAUUGUGCUUAGUAAAAGUGCAAAGCAAUACUUACCGAAGUCUUGUUCGGAUGAGACAACCAUCUGUGUUGCUUGUCCUAACGAUGCUUCUUCUAUAAUGAAUAUAUUUUGCUUCGAUCUCUUUAAAGAAACGGCUAUGCAGUUCUUUACCGUUGAGUAACGGAUCUGCAUCUCAGUAUUCUUUGAAAAAUUAAAAAUUAAUUCUAAUAUUGUUCAAAAAUAAUUAUUUUUACUAAAAAUUGGAUUUAUCUGAAGUGAUCUUCAGUAGACUUUAUACUCGAAGAUCGUUUUGGAAAAUUCCAAUUUAUGUCACUUUAAACACUGUCAAUUAUCAACGACUCUAAGAUAGUCAUUCAAUUUAACUUUUCGAAGAAGUAUCAAGACAAGAUUACGCUAUUUUACCGCAAAAAGGUUAUUUUUGGGUGUCACUGUGAUUUGACAUUUAAUCGUUAACUGUUUUGUCUUGGAAUGUCGAAAUUUUGUCAACGUGAACAUGUCAAUACUUCGUUUUCACAAUAUCGGAUUGGGAAGAACGACUUCUUGACGUUUUAUUAGACUAACUCAAAGUAUCAGGUACCUUAAUGUAGUUGUUAACAAGCUUUAUGAAAUGUGAGAUUUUUGAUAUUUACCAAAGAGAAAUAUUUAUGAAUAGAUAAGUGAAUAUAUAUUUUUGUAAGGUAGAGUUUUAUUGUAAUACAAUGAACAGGGGCUAGUCAUUUCCUAAAAUAAAAUUAAACUUUAAGUGAGGUUAAAGUUUGGCGUGAGUAAGGUUAGGCUACUAACGGAUCAAUUAAUACAGGUUGUAAUGUAAUGAAAUGUAUACAGUUAUCUUAAUAAAUGUACUCUGAUGAAAAUAAAGUUCGACGAAAAUGGA